ACAUAUACUUCAUCCGUUUCUUAAUAAGUGCAACAUAGAGAAAGUGUGGGAAUACCAAGGAAUAUAGAGAGAGAAAGUUGGGACCACAAUAAAAUAGAGUAAUUCAAGUGAUGAAACAAAAAAAGGUUGUGGUCCCCUCUUGCUUUUUGGUGACAUAUUUGUAAUAAUAUUGAACUUUUUUUACCAUUUUGAGCUUGGUUGCACUUAUUAUGACUAUUCUAAAUAAGGGAAAUGUUCCACUUAUUAAGAAACGGAGGUAGUACAUAUAAUAUAAGUAUAUCAAUGAUAAUAUUUAUCAUCAUAAAGUGGCUGAAAAGUUUUCUGAAUUUGUAGUUGUACAAAGAUGUUAUCAAUAUACAACAUAGAUUUGUAGUUUCUCCAUAAUUUACAUCUACCAUGCACCAUAAAAGCAUAGAAAUAAUUGUAGUUUUGUAGUUAUAAUUGAUGAAUUGUAAUCUCGCAAAAAAUAUUCUCUACAAUCAUACUUGAAUACACGCGUCUACUCCCCAACACUUUAAAAUUAGAAACCUCUGUUAUUUGGCCUUUGCUCUCCGCCUUGUGGUUUUCUUCCCAACCCCAAAUCUCAUCGUUUCUGUCUCCAGAAACUAAAAAGCCAACAAAAUAAAAACCUCCAUUUUCCCAGAAUAAUAAUAAAUGUAAUACUACUACUAAUAUAGAAUAGGAUAAACAAUUAAACAAUAAAUCCUUUUAUUUGGCGGUCCAAAUUCAAACUCUCUCUCACUCUUUUCAUAACUUUACGCCAUUGCUGUAAAUCGAAGCUCACUUUGCAACACUGUUAAUGGCGGUAGCCCAACAACGUCAACCUCAACCUCAAGAACCUCAAAUUCAUGGCGGACAAACUGGGCAGCAGCAACCCGCAAUUUCUUCCAGAACAACAAUGGCGGAAAAUAUGAAUACCACUUCGAAACGACAACGCAGACCAAGUGUUCGACUGGUGGAAAUCGGUGACCAACCUCCUGCAAUAUCAAAAAAGCAAUGGAAAGCCAUUAACAGACCUUCCAAGACUAAAAAUCUUGCCAUUUUGGAUGUUAAAGGGGAGAAAUUUGGGGAUGAGAGAGAAAAGGGUGAUGUUGUUCUUGAUAAUAUUGCAAUUGGGAGUUGGAAAUCUAAGGGUUUUGACUCAAAAAGGGAAUCUAAACGACCUAGAACGAAUUGGGUAUCCAAUAAAUUUGAAGAUGAAGGUGGGUUUUCUAGGGAUUUUGAAAUGGAGGAUUCUGGGAGUUCAUUUAAGGAGCAAAACCCAGUUCAUGAUUCUUUGAAUAAUGAGAAAGAUUUGCAAUUUGGGGUAACUAAUAGUGAAAUUAGAGCAAGAAUUGGGGAUGAUGUGGUUGAAUUAGAUGGUACUGAUGAUGAUCAUGGAGGGCAGAGUGCAAGAGGAUUGGGAAGAGAAUUUGAUGGAGUUGAGGAUUGGUUGAAUAAGUUAGGAUUAGGCCGGUAUCGUUCCGUGUUCGAGAUUCAUGAGGUGGAUGAAGAGGUUUUGCCAUUGUUAACUUUGGAGGAUCUUAAAGAUAUGGGGAUUCAUGCUGUGGGUUCGAGGAGGAAGAUGUUUUGUGCAAUUCAGAAGCUCAAUAAGGAGUUUUCUUGAAUGUGUUUCCUGUGUUUUUUGGAGUAAGGUUGUAGGGUUUUUCUACUAAGCUGCUGAAGAUGGCAUUCUGAAACUGGUUUCAACUAUUGGCUGGCUUUUAAUUUACUGGGUUGGCUGGAGGAAUUCUAUGCCUGGUUAUUUGCCAUAGAAGCUUCUGUCUGAAUUUUUUUGGCACUCUUUUGGGAGAUCAAGCGACACUGCGGAUUUCGUGUCUGCUCUUUGCUCUAUCAUGACUGGCUAUGAGCCUCAUUCCUUUAGGGAAGUUAUGUAGGACGAAGGUUGGCGAGAGGCUAUGCGCCAUGAGAUUUGUGCCUUGGAAGAUAAUUGCACUUAGGAAAUGGCGGAGUUACCUUCACAUAAGAAGGCCAUUGGUUAUCGUUGGGUCUACAAAAUAAAAUAUAAUGCUGAUGGCUCUGUGGAGCGCCUCAAAGCUCGCCUUGUUAUUUUCGGAAAUGAUCAAGUUGAAGGUAUUGAUUAUAACAUACAUUUGCUCCUGUAGCUAAGAUGGUGAUUGUUCGUGCUUUUCUACGUGUUGCCGCUGCUAAGAACUGGGAAUUACAUCAGAUGAAUGUGCACAAUGCCUUCCUUCAUGGUGAUCUGGUCGAGGAGGUCUAUAUGAAACCUCUUCGUGGUUUUUCUUUAAAGCUAGAUAUGGUCUGUCGUUUACUCAAAUCUCUUUAUGGUUUGCAACAGGUGCCUCGUUGUUGGUUUGUCAAACCUGCUGCUUCACUUCAUCAUUAUGGCUUUCAGCAGUCUUACUGUGAUUACUCUCUCUUUACUCUGCGGCAGGGUAGAGUUUAUUUGAACAUUCUUGUUUAUGUUGAUGACUUAGUCAUUUCUUGAACUGACUCUUCCCAUAUUGCUGCUUUUAAGACAUAUUUGGGUGAGUGCUUUCAAAUGAAGGAUCUUGGUUUGUUGAAAUAUAUAUUAUCUUAGUGUUGA